AUGCACCCUCCCGAGAUCGACCUCGCUUUCUCCAACAACACCCAGCUGCGAAAACGAGUUCAUGACGCCAUAGACGAAUAUCCCGCCCAAAGUGCCCUCUUCCGCGACAUAUCCUCCUAUAUCCUCAACUUCUCUGGCGCGCAAACCUCCGUCGUCAACGGCGAGCCCGCGGGAAAGAAGCGCAAACUCGAGAAUGGCCACGCGAACGGCGCAGCAGGCAAAUCUACCACCGGGACAUGGGCCGAUGCUGUGACACAGACUGCGUGGAGAGGGACUGAUACCAGCUUCUCGAUUCCGCAGCGAAAGAAGCUUACCCUAGAGAUGGUAAAGAAAGGUAACGGGGUGAAGGAAGGGGGGAUUCGAGGCAUCAAUCCUGCAACUGGGGAGGUAGAGUUCGGGAUCGCGUGGAAGGAUGUUGAGCAGAUAUUCUGCCUACCACUACCUGAGAAGGCAAAGCGACAACACAACUUCGUCGUCAUCCCUAUACACGGCGAUGGCGUCAACCCGGUUCCAGAGGGUACGGCGACACCAGAUUCGAUUGUUUGGACAUUUGCGGACGCGACGGGGAAGGAUAUCAAGGAGGGUGUGGAUCCGGGGCCUGCACCUAUCGCUGCGGUUAUAAACGACUGUUUGAAGAGCGAAGGCGUGAAUAAGAGGGUUGUUUUUCCCGAUGAGAAGGAGUUCGGGAGCGCGAUCGUGCAGGCUCACAGGAAGGGCGAGAAGGCAUUUCACGUGAAGGGUCACCGAGGCAGCAAAGAAGGAUUCCUCUUCUUCACCUCUGUAGGCAUCGUCUGGGCGUUCAAGAAACCCAUAGCCUAUUUCUCCUUCGACAGCAUCAACGCUGUUUCCUAUACCUCGGUCCUACAACGGACAUUCAACCUGAAUAUUGGUGUUGUGGCGGACGAUGAGUCGAAGCCGCAAGAGAUUGAGUUCUCGAUGUUGGAUCAAGCGGACUACGCAGGCAUCGACGCGUAUAUCAAGAAGCACGGUCUACAAGACGCGAGUAUGGCGGAGCAAAGGAAGGCUAAGCGGCUUAAUGUCAAUCCUGCCAUCAAGGCCGAGAAUGGUGCGGGCGAGGAAGAGGACGGAGAGGAUGGGGAGACAGAGCUACAGAAAGCGGAGAGACUGCUGCAAGAUCAAGAGGACGAAGAAGAGGAAGAUUAUGAUCCAGGGAAUGAGGGCGAGAGUGACGGUAGUGGCAGUGAGGAAGAGGACGACGAGGGAGAGGGUUACGAGGAAGGUGUUGAAUAUGAAGAGGGGGGUGAAGGUGAAGGAGAGGAGUACGAGGAAGAGUAUGACGAGGGUGGUGAGGAAAUGGAGGGCGCAGAAGAAGGCUACUGA